AUGCAUCCCAGCGCCUUAGUCGGUCUCCUGGCCUUUGCGGCCGCUGCUUCAGCGUUGCCCGGCGCUGCCUCGCGGCACGCCCACUCACAAGCCUCGAUCAGCAACCUCAAAGACAAGAUCAAAAAUGUUGUGGUGCUGGUCAUGGAGAAUCGCUCUGUCGAUAACCUGCUAGGCGGACAAACAAUCAAGGGACUUGAGAACCCGAUCAACAACGGGCCCUUCUGCAACCCUUACAACGUGAGCAACCCAGCCGAGGGCACCGUCUGCAGCGCGGCCCACGACUACGACUCGGUCACCGACGACCCUGACCACGCAGUGUACGGCAACAACAUUGAGUUCUACGGCACAUUCACUCCCGACAACGAAGCGAUUGCGUCGGGCAAGUUGACUCCCAGCCAGAAGGGCUUCGUUCACGAGCAAUUGCGGAUCUACGGUGCCAAGGCCAACCGCACGCAACUUUCCACCCAGGUCAUGAAUUACUACACCGAGGACCAAGUGCCAGUCCUCACCCAGCUGGUGCAGAACUACGUCGUCUUCAAUCACUGGCACUCCGACAUUCCGGGCCCCACCGACCCCAACCGGGCAGCUCUGACCUCGGGUACCUCAUACGGCCAUGGCAGCAACGACAAUGCUUUCAACGAGCACGCAUUCCCUCAGCGGUCCAUCUUCCAGCAGCUGAGCGAGAUGGACCACAGCUGGAUCAACUACUACGAUACGGCGGGCGGCACGGGCCCGGAUGCUGAGUUCUACGACUGGACCUACACGGCCGACCGCACCAGCCAGGUCCAACCGCUGGAGCAGUUCUACACGGACGCCGCGGCAGGCAACCUGACCGAGUUCACCUACCUCAAUCCCUCUUGCUGCGGCGUGGGCACCAACUCGAUGCACCCCAGCGGCCUCAUCUCGGACGGCGAGAAGCUGAUCAAGAAGGUCUACGAGGCUCUGCGCAACGGACCCCAGUGGUCGGACACGCUGUUCAUCCUCAGUUUCGACGAGACCGGGGGCUUCCACGACCACGUGCCACCCCCCUUGGCCCCUGCGCCAGACAGUCUGGCCUACACGGCCACCACCCCCAGCGGCGAGAAGUACACCUUCCCUUUCAACCGUCUGGGCGGCCGGAUUCCAACCCUGCUGAUCUCGCCGUGGGUCGGGAAGGGAUACGUCGAGCAGAAGGGCACAGACAUCGAGGGCGAGACGGUGUCGUACUCGGCGUCGUCCAUCCUGCGCACGCUCGGCUACCUGUGGGACUUCGAGCCUUUCACGCCGCGGGUCGAGUACGCAGCGUCCUUCGACCAUCUGAUCCAGACACGCGCCCGCAACGACACCCCGGCCACCCUGCCGGAACCGGUAGCCUUCCGCAAGUAGAGCGAGUGUACAGAUCGAAGAGGAGAUGAUGAGAGAAGA